UUUUGAAAUGUUUUGAUGGUCUAUUUAUUUGAUAGAGGAACAGUGUUCCUUCAAGCCUGGUAGUUAUUGAAGGUUUAAAGCAGAUAAUUGAGUAACUGUGGCUGUAAGAAUAAUACAAAAAAAAUGUAUUUGUCACUAAUCCACUGUUGUUUACAUGAAAUCUGUCAAGAUUCAUGGAAAAAUCAUUGACAGAACUGCGUAACUGUUACAGCAGAAGAUGUGGAGCACAUUUCCCCUGCUGGACUCUUGAGCUGAACUGUCAGGCAGCUGCAAGCUGCUGAGUGAGCUGCAGAUGUGCAGAGUUGCUGUGUACGGCCCACCAAAAAGGCCCGGUAGUGUAUGUGAGCAAAAAAGUAAAAAAUAAAUUUAAAAAAAAAAAUGCUUUGAAGACAUUGUCGGGUUAGGUUUUCAAACGUUGUUUUUAUUCUAAAUUCAACCAAAAACAAUGCUGUGUUUACACCAAUGUCCUCUCCCGGGGACUUCAAAUAACACUUUAGCUGUUUUCUGGAUUUCAUUACAAUAGAUAAUGAAACAGAAGAAGUCUCGUUUACAGAAUAAAUGUCACACUUACCGUGCUGUUCAAGGAUGUGCUCCUAGGAUGCUUUUGCAUGACACCGGUUGAUUGCCACUGCGGAGAGCUCAAUUCGAGUGUUGCUGUUGUUUCUCCCAGCAGGGAGAAGAGAGUGAUGUGUAAAGGUUUCCAGGAUUCAUCAUCUUGCAGCAAUGGCCUGAGGGACUCUCUGGACUAAGACCACGACGCUGAUAUGCAUUGAUGAUGAGUGGAGUCGGUGAAAACUCAUCUGACCCUGCAAGGGCAGAAGCACGAAAACGCAAAGAAUGCUCCGCCGAACUCAUAGGACCCAGUCCCAAGCGGAGCAACGAGAAGCGCAACCGCGAGCACGAGAACAAGUAUAUCGAAGAGCUCGCCGAGCUGAUCUUCGCCAACUUCAACGACAUCGACAACUUCAACGUCAAACCUGACAAAUGUGCAAUCCUGAAGGAAACUGUGAAACAGAUCAGGCAAAUAAAGGAGCAAGAAAAGGCUGCAGCAGCAAACGAGGAGGAGGUGCAGAAGGCUGAUGUCUCAUCAACAGGCCAAAGUGUGAUUGACAAAGACGCCUUGGGACCAAUGAUGCUGGAGGCCCUCGACGGCUUCUUCUUCGUGGUGAACAUGGAGGGCAACAUCGUGUUCGUGUCUGAGAACGUGACCCAGUACCUGCGCUACAACCAGGAGGAGCUGAUGAACACCAGCGUGUACAGCGUGCUGCACGUCGGCGAUCACGCCGAGUUCAUCAAGAACCUGCUGCCUAAAUCCCUCGUCAAUGGCGUCCCGUGGUCCAGCGAGGGUCCGAGGAGGAACAGCCACACGUUCAACUGCCGAAUGCUGGUGAACCCGCACAGCGAGAACCAGGACGAGUCGCACGAUCCCCAGCAGCAGAAAUAUGAGACCAUGCAGUGUUUUGCAGUGUCAGAACCCAAGUCCAUCAAGGAGGAAGGAGACGACUUCCAGUCGUGCCUGAUCUGCGUGGCUCGGAGGGUGCCCACGAAGGAAAGGCCCAUGCUUCCCACGCAUGAGAGCUUCACCACUCGCCAGGACCUGCAAGGUAAGAUUACGUCGCUGGACACGAGUCUACUGCGAGCGUCCAUGAAGCCAGGCUGGGAGGAUCUAGUACGGCGCUGCAUCCAGAGGUUCCACCUGCAGAACGACGGGGAGAUAUCCUUUGCCAAGAGACACCAGCAAGAAGUUCUCCGCCACGGUCAAGCGUUCAGUCCAAUCUACCGGUUCUCCCUCUCUGAUGGAACCAUCGUUUCUGCCCACACCAAGAGCAAACUGGUGCGCUCAUCUGCCACUAACGAACCCCAGCUCUACAUGUCCCUGCACCUCCUACAGAGGUACGUCUCCGUAUCUACACAUCUGUCAGAAAGAAAACUAAUCUUAGAAUUUGCUGAAGAGUUUUAGCCUGUUGAUGCUCCAC